CAAACAUAUGGAGAAGUAAACCAGCUUGGCGGGGUAUUUGUCAACGGGCGACCACUUCCAAAUUCGAUUCGGAUCAGAAUCGUGGAAUUAGCUCAACUUGGAAUACGACCCUGUGACAUCAGUAGACAGCUUCGAGUCUCUCAUGGCUGCGUGAGCAAGAUACUAGCGAGAUAUAACGAGACUGGUUCGAUAUUGCCCGGUGCCAUAGGAGGAAGUAAACCCCGGGUCACAACACCCAAUGUGGUGAAAAGCAUAAGGGAUUACAAACAAGGAGACCCUGGAAUAUUUGCUUGGGAGAUCAGGGACAGGCUUCUUGCAGACGCAGUUUGUGAUAAAUAUAAUGUUCCUUCGGUUAGCUCCAUAAGCCGCAUUUUACGCAACAAAAUAGGAAAUCUUACUCAGCCGGGCCAGUAUGAGAACAGCAAGCCAACCCCUCCUCAACUAUCCUACAACCACAUGUACCCGUACUCAUACCCCAGUGCAAUGUCACCCACUGGGACUAAAAUUGUCAGCGGUCCGGGUGUACCCGUUACAGCGGGCCAUGUCAGCCUCUCCCGCCAUGGAUGGCCUUCGGUGCACACAGUCAGCAACAUUUUGGGCAUUCGAGCCUUCAUGGACCCCUCAGGUAGGUGACAAAAUCAUAUAUUGUGCAUGUAUGUUACUCUUGCAGCUAAGUUGCUUUUUCAGAUGCUGUAGCAUUGUCCAUUGAGUGCUCAAAUUGGUAACAUUGGUACAUUGACGCAUCAGUCAGUGUGGCUUGUUAAUCACACAGAUAUUUCGUAUUAUUUCACAUUAAUGAGAAACAACUUAAAACAACAAAGGUAUACUCAACAACAGGGAUAGACAAAUACAAUAACGAUAUAGGCCUAACUGUAAAUAGUGAGAAGUUAUUAUGGGCUGAAUAGGCCUAAUGUAUAAUUUUGGAAUGAACGAAAGUUUAAAUAAUAUUGAUAAAGGAGCCAAAUGGCACAUCUGCUAUAAACUAUAAAUGCAAAAUCAUCUUGAAAUGUGUCGAUGGUGAAAUAGCCUACAUAUAGGCCUAUCAGUGUGAGGCCUACUUUGUGGUUUGGCCUAUUCAUAUUUCUACAACGAACUCGUAGUCCAAUAUAAACGUUAAUUAGGCUAAACGUCUUAUUUUAUGUCGGAUAUCUUAUUGUUUCUCUUCAAACUAUAGCAUUAUAAUCGCAUGAGACCAACAGGUCCAACAGGCCAAACCACAAAGCUAUAGGAGUUACAUCAGCAAUAAUAAAAUAUAAGAUGUUGUUCUAAAAUCUCAAGAACUUACAAAAAACAUGGCAUUGAAAAUAUUGUGGCCACAAACAUUCGAUCUGAUUGUAUAAAAUAAAGAUUGGUUGAAGUAUGUGUUUAUCAGAUAAUUUCCCCACGAAUUUAAUAAAAACCAUCUGUUUAGCAUAAAAUGCUUCACUACCAUCCUGUGUUUCUGCAAAAGGAAUGUUCUUAAACACAAGAGCUAUAUCCCAAAAUACAUGUUCAACUAAGUUGGCUUCAUAUCGAAUGAAAACCUACAUUGGUUUGUAGGCCUAAUAAUGUAAUAUUCUACAAUGAAAAAUUUUCCACAGCCAUUGCUGGAGCGGAGGGGUACCAAUCAAAAAUGGAGGAGUGGGCGAGCGUAAACAGAGCGACGUUUUCCUCUGCCCAUGGCGUCAACGGAAUAGAGAAAUCCUCCCUAGAGGCAGACAUUAAGUAUCAUCAGGUACAAUUAUGAAUAAAAUACACAAACAAUACACAAACAACGAAUAUGUUCAUAGUUUGAUCAGAAAUCCGUUUCCACAAGAUUUCCACUGUAAAUAUAUGCAUGCAUAUCAAAGUGUUGGGGCGUUUUGCUUCGCUGUGCUUAAAAUAUUUUUUUUGUUUCUCCCAUUCCAGUCUUCUUCAAACCUAUCUAGUUAUGUACCUGCUUGUGCCUACUCUCCCCCAAACCAAUAUGGGGUGUAUGGUGGGCCAGCAGCUAACUACAUGACAACUGGACACCACUGGCAGUCUCAGAGCGCAAGCCUUGCCCACCCCAACAGCGGAGCAAUGAUGCAAGGUGGAGACCUCCACACCGCAAUGUCUUUCAAACAGUCAUCACGAGAAGGUAACUAAGCCCGUUGUUUUUUUAGGUUUCAAAUAUUCCAGCGGAUAUUUGAAUGAAGCACAAUGGCAAACAUAUAUGCAGCUAUCAAUCAAACACCAGCUAUUUUAAAAUGCACUCGUCAAAAAAAGAUUAGGCCCCGUGGGUCGAAACCUAACGACCGAACAUUAUGGGUUUAAUUAGGGGUCGAGGAUGACAACGGUUGACAUUUAGAUAAUUGUGUAUGUUAUAUAGGGCAUAGGCCUAAAUGCUACAUACAACGAAAGCUUCGGGCAUAAAACAGAGCAGGCUGUGUUGGGCGACUGAUAAAGAAACAAUAUAGUCCUUUGAGAGAAGGUUACUUUAUUUACUGUGCAAGUCAUUAUGGUAUCAAGCCAGUGUAAAGGUACACAGUAGGCCUACAGCAAUGGCAUUUCAUACCCUCAGGUGAUGACUGUAGGCCUAUGGUGUAGGUGAUCUUGAAGAAACCAUUAAUAAUAGUUGAAUUAUAUGAUAGCUAUUAGCCUAACGAUAUAGACCACAUUUUUCCAAACGUUUACAUAUUCAUUAAAUAAGGUUGCGAUUAGCUAGCUAUGAUGUUCAAAUUAUGUCUAUUCAAUUUGCGAAUACAUUUUAGACUACGUUAUAUAUUCCUAUUUUCAAGCGUAGUGCGUUUGCUUUUCAAGGACGAGUAGGCCUGUAGGGAAGGUUUGGUUUUGCAUUGAUAGGCCUACAUGAUUUCCACAUAUCAUAACCGUUUUUUACGGAUAAAAAUGUAAUUGAGGUAAUUUAAUAUAAAUGACAACAACCAUGCAAUUAGCGGUGUCAAUUCCAUCCACAUUCGACUUCAUAUGAAAAACAAUAUAUAUGAAGCAAGAUAGGCCAAUUAAUGUUAAACCAAUUAGUAUAAUUCUAAAUUAAAUACUUGAGUAACCUACAUUAUCCAUUACCUGCUGUUUCUCCUAGGGCAAUCAUUUUGAUGGAAGUUACAUGCCUGCUUAUACUUUUGUGAAGAUAAUAUUUGUGUGAGAAUCAAAGAUUGCUACAUAUGGUAGGCCUACAAUCCAAUGAACAAAUUCAUAUAAAUCCAUCACCGUUUUAUACACCUAGGUAUGACAGUCCAAUAACAUUGAUCUCUGGCAGAUCAGAAGUCUAGAUAUCUACUCCUCUUGCCAGGGCAUUGGGACCGAACCUAUAGUUGACAUGGUUGUGUGUGCUCACUGUUCUGACGAUGGAUAGAAUUACGACUUAUUUGUUCCAGAAACAUACUGUAUCUCUUGUUUGUUUUUCGCAGGAGACAGAAAACCUCACAGUCCCUUGAGCAAGCACCAGCACGAGGCGUUGAACAUACACGGACUCACACUCCCGACCUCAGCU